AUUAUUCUUGGCAACACCGCUGACAGUCGACGUUCUGUCAGUUUUGUGAUCCCGUUUUAUUUUUAAUUUUAAAAUUUGUUGAUAUUGAAACUUAAAUCUCAGGUUAUACUAUGUUUUUAACGUAAAAAUUAAUCCUUAUAUUUAGAUUAUUAGUUCAUUCAGAGAUCAAACGUAUGCAAUAUGGAAAUAACAAAAUAUAACUUUGUUGAAAAUUUGGAUAACAUAACCAAGAAUUUAAAGAAAUCAUGUUUUGUGGCUUUCGAUGCUGAGUUUACAGCUAUUCUUGCCGGAGAAGCUUUCAAAUAUAGGUUAUUUGACACAAACGAAGAGAGAUAUGACCGAAUCAAAACAGAAGUGAACAAGAUGAUAAUGACUCAAGUUGGGCUGACAAUGUUCCAUUAUGAAAGGGAGCGAGACUCUUAUGUUGCUGUUGGGUACACAUUCUACUUGUGUCCUCAAUCAUUUGGGGAUAUAGAUCAAUCAUUUGUCUUCCAAGCAUCUACACUAGAUUUUUUGUGCAAACAUAAAUUUGAUUUUAAUAAGUUUAUAUAUGAAGGGCUUCCAUUUUUAAGCAAAGCUGAACUCGCAAAGGUACAACAAGACAUGAAAAAUAAAACCUUUUUGAGCAAAGCCAUCAGUUCAUUAGACAUGGCAGAUGAGAAGCUGCUUCAGCAGUAUUGCUCUGAAGUUUCAAAAUGGCUGUGUAACAGUGAUGAAGGCACUAUGUAUUUAGAUAUAGAGAAGCCUUUAAUGCGGUACAUAGUGCACAAUGAGAUCAGAUCUCGAUUUCCAGACGUCCUUACUACAGAUAGCUUAGGUAAUAGCAAGAUGGUACUUAUAUACAGAGAUAAAAAUGUAGAAGGCGCCAACAGCGCCCCAAUUUCGACACUAGAAGUGAAUCUUAUAAACUGUCUUCUUGGUUUUUCACGAAUUAUUUCAUUACUAGAGACCUACAAAAAGCCUAUUGUAGGACACAAUUUAUACCUCGAUCUAGUACUUCUACAUAACCAGUUCAUAGGACCGCUGCCAAAAAAAUAUUCCACCUUCAAAAAUAAUAUUCACAACAUGUUUCCGAAGUUGUAUGAUACAAAGUUUAUUGCAUGGGAAAUGGGAAAGAAGUUAAAGUCAGAUGAAGUUUGGAAGAGUACUGCAUUGCAAGAUUUAUACGAAUUCUUCUCUGAAGGCAAGUGCAAGAAGCUCCAAAAUGAAUUGAACUUUAUAAAGUUGAGCACGCCAUUCAACGUGAAGCAGACAUAUCAUGAAGCCGGUUGGGAUUCUUAUUGCACAGGUCACAUAUUCAUCCGGUUCGGUCACUGGGCGGCGUCCGAGAACCGCGGCAGGUCCCGCGCCGUGGGGCCCGUGGAGAAACUCGCCGCGCUGGCACACUACUGCAACAAAGUCAACAUCAUACGAGGCGCUGUGCAAUAUGUAAACAUGAGUGGUGUCGACCCGGCGCGGCACCGGCCCGCCUGGCUGUACGUCAGGACGCUCCGAGAACAACUCAUUAACGUCGACAAGGUGGCGUCGAUACUGUCGAGCUUUGGCUCCAUAGACGUAAAGCCGCACGGGUACCGCUCAGCGCUAAUAGCAGCUAACUCCGACUACACUGUGGAGAAAAUCUUGAAGAGGUUCAACAACGACUCUGAGUACAGAAUAUCGAGGUACAGCGUGUACCGACACACGACAGCGGGCCGCGUCGCAGUGUGGAGCAGCGCACUCAUCACCGGAGGACUAGUGAUGUACUUCAUUCAUAAGAGAGUUAACUUCAUAUCUUGAUAUUUGAUCGCCUAGUUUGUUAUAGCACGUCCUGUAUACCGCUACCUCGCUUAGAACGUAAGUUAUACAAGUGCCAGUUAGCAUCAAUUGAUUAAGUAAUAAAGUGAGUUUAUAUUUUCA